AGACACCUCUCCAGCUCUCUUAAAUAAUUUAAGAGCUAUGAUCUAGUCUUGACACUUAGCAACCUUUAUGAAUCACACUUAUUCUUAAGUCUAAGAAUAAGAGUAAAAUUACGUCAUUCUUAGAAUUUUGACACACUUAAGACUAAAAUUUUACUCUGAGCAGCUUUAUACAUACGGGCCCAGAUCUUUUUUUUCAUCCUGCAGCUGUGAAUCGGUGAAGGGAGAUGGCGCCUGUUGAAGAGCUGCUUGAGAAAUCGCUGAAUGAACUGCUAGAAGCUGAACUGAAGACGUUUCAGUGGCACUUAAAAAAUCAUGAGCAUAUAUCAAAUUCUGAUAUGGAGAAUGCAGAUAGGUUAAAAACUGUGGAUAAGAUGGUGGCAUGUUUUGGACAAGAAGAAGCUGUGAAGAUCACGGUGGAGAUCCUGAGGAAGAUGAACCAGAAUAAUCUGGCUGAGCAGCUGGAGAACAAACACAAGCCAGGUCAGGCUGAAGGCAAUAUAAAGACAUCUGCCGCUGUUGGAGCUCAUUCAAAAGAGAAAUGGGGCUCCACUGCAGAUGCCAGUCAAGCUACUCCCCAUGAUUACACAGAGACCAGCCGUAGACUGAAGAACAAAUUAAAACAGGACCACGAGAAGAUAUUAGUUGGUAAUUCACAGACGGGUCAUCGGGAAUACCUGAACGAUAUCUACACCGAUUUAUAUGUUGUGGAGAAUGAAACUGGAGGAAGAGUGAACGACCAUGAAGUGAUACAGAUCGAAUCAAAUCACAACCGAUUGACUGCCAAAGAGACGCAAAUCAAGUGUAAUGACAUGUUUAAAGUCCAGUGUAAUACAGGUCAACGAAACAGAAAAGUGCUGACAAUGGGGAUCGCAGGAGUGGGAAAAACUGUCUCUGUGAAUAAAUUCAUUUUUGACUGGGCUGAAGGAACAGAAAAUCAGGAUAUAGUCUUCAUAUUUCCACUUCCAUUCCGUAGAUUGAAUUUGAUUAAAGAAGAGUACAGUCUCAUGGGACUGCUAAACAAAUACUUCUUUAGGUGUCCUGAAGAACUGCCCUCUCUUCCUGAAGUUGAUGGUAAAGUUAUGUUCAUCUUUGAUGGGCUGGAUGAAUGUCGCUUUCCUUUGAGCUUUAAAGAAGAUGACAUAUUUACAAAUGCAAAUGAAAAAACAACAGUGAGUAAGAUAAUAAUAAACCUUAUCAAAAGACAUCUGGUUCCCUCUGCUCUCAUCUGGAUCACAUCCAGACCAGCAGCAUCCAGUCUGAUACCUCGUGAUUACAUUGAUCAGGUGACUGAAGUGCGUGGAUUCAACGAUGAACAGAAAGAGCAAUACUUCAUCAAAAACAGUCCUGAGGUUUCUGAAAAAAUCAUCAGUCAUAUCAAGAAAUCUAGGAGUCUGUACAUCAUGUGCCAUAUCCCUGUCUUCUGCUGGAUCUCUCUCACUGUUCUUCAGCCUCUACUGGCUAGAGAGAGCAUUGACAAAACACCAACAACUCUCACAGAGAUGUACACAAGCUUUUUAAUUUCUCAGCAGCAACAGAUGGAAAAAAAAUACUGUGACCCUAAAUCGAAAGCCAAUGCCAGGUCUUUUGAUCAGAUUAUUCUGAAGCUUGGGAAACUGGCCUUUCAACAGCUGAAGAAAGGAAAUCUGAUUUUCUACAAAGAAGAUCUUGAGGAAUGUGGACUAGAUGUCAGCGAAGGGUCUGUGUACUCUGGUUUAUGCACUCGACUGUUUCAGGAGGAAAAGGUUUCAACAAGAAAUGUGUACAGCUUCGUACAUCUCAGUGUACAGGAAUUCCUUGCUGCUCUUUAUGUGUUUUUGAUUAGCAAACACAAGAAAACGAACCCAUUUCUUGAAUCCUGGAUAGAAAAACUGAAAUGGUAUUUCUCCAAAAAGCCACUGUUCAAACUUCAUAAGGCUGCAAUCAACAAGGCUGUACAAAGCGAGAAUGGACACCUGGACCUUUUCCUCCGGUUCCUUCUGGGUCUCUCACUGGAGUCCAAUCAGAGUGACCUGAAGGAGCUACUGCCAAAACUGAAACUGAAAGCAGGGUACAUUGAAGACACUGUUGACUAUAUCAAAAAGACAAUACAGAUGGAGAAAUCAGUGGAAAGAAUCAUCAAUCUCUUCCACUGUCUGAGUGAACUGGAAGAUGAUUCUGUGGAGGAAAUCCAGAAGAAUUUUAUCUCAGGAAAUCUUUCAGCACAGAAUCUCUCCUCUGCUCAGUGGUCUGGUCUGGUGUUUGUGCUCCUCAUGUCAGAAGAGACUCAAGAGACAUUUGAACUGCAGAAAUACAGAAGAUCUGAUGAAGCACUGAUAAAACUGCUGCCAGUGAUCAAAAACACCAGAAGAGCACUGCUACAGUGCUGUAAUCUCACUGCUCAGUCCUGUGAAAGUUUAUCUUCAGCUCUACAAUCCUCAAACUCUGUCCUAGUAGAGCUGGACCUCAGUAACAAUGACCUGCAGGAUUCUGGAGUGAAUCUUCUUUUUGAUGGACUGAGGAGUCCAAUCUGUCGGCUGGAGAUAUUGAGAUUUCCAACAUGUAAUCUCACUGCUCAGUGUUGUGAGAGUUUGUCUUCAGCUCUACAAUCCUCAAACUCUGUCCUGAAAGAGCUGGACCUGAGUAACAAUGACCUGCAGGAUUCUGGAGUGAAGCUUCUUUCUGAUGGACUGAAGAGUUCAAACUGUCAGCUGGAGAUAAUGAGAUUGUCUGGCUGUAUGGUGACAGAGGAUGGCUGUGGUUAUGUGUCUUCAGCUCUGAGUUCAAACUCUUCACACCUGAGAGAGCUGGAUCUGAGCUACAAUCACCCAGGAGAUUCAGGAGUCAAGCUGCUGACUGAUAAACUCAACCAUUCAAACUACAAACUGGGUAAACUCAAUGUGGAUCAUGGAGGAGAGAUCAGAAUUACAGCAGGAGUACGCAAAUAUUAUCAUCAGUUCACUGCGGAUCGGAACACAGUGAAUAAACACCUCCAACUGUCUGAGAAUAACAGAGUGAUUACUUACACUAACACAGAGCUUCAGUCGUAUCCUGAUCAUCCAGACAGAUUUUAUUAUCAUCCUCAGGUGUUGUGUAGAGAGAGUGUGUGUGAUCGACGCUGUUACUGGGAGAUUGAGUGGAGUGAUGGUGUGUUUAUAUCAGUGUCAUAUAAGAGCAUCAGCAGGAAGGGUGAGGGUGAUGAGUCUGUGUUUGGAUAUAAUGAUCAGUCCUGGAGUUUGUACUGCACUCCCUCCAGUUACUCAUUCAGACACAAUAACAGAAAGACUAAACUCCCUGUAAAGCCCAUCAGCAGUAGUAGAAUAGGAGUGUAUGUGGAUCACAGUGCAGGAACUCUGUCCUUCUACAGCGUCAAGAGAGACACAGUGAAACUCAUCCACACAGUCCAGACCACAUUCACUCAACCGCUCUAUCCUGGGUUUUGGGUUGGUUCUGGAUCAUCAGUGAAACUGUGUUGAUGAAUCAGAACAGACUGUAGAGAGAUUCUACCCAUAAUACUUUGAGCUUAUAAUAAUUAUAUUAUAGUAAAGUUUUGAAAAAUCUGCAUUUUUUGAAUUUUUUUUAAUGGUGGGGGCAGAAAUCUAAAAUCCCUGGGUGUAAAUAACCCUCAAUUAAUUAAUAGUUUAGUUUUUUUUUUGUUCACUAUAUUAGUAUAAUAUAUUAUGUAUAUUUUAGUAUUAAUUGUUUUAACAAAUAUUUGUAUUAUUUUUUCUUCCAUUUGAGUUAUUAUUCCUAUAGGGACUUGUGAAAAAUGUCACCAUUGAAGGUCAAUUAUGCUGAAUUGAGAAUUGCAACAGGAACUUACAUCAUCAUCCAGUGAAAAAAACUGUACAAUGUAAUACAAUUUUCACCUUUUCUAUGUGUAAAAACCCUUUAAAGUGUAAGUUCACUGUCAUUAAUUUCUCACCCUCAUGCCGUUCCAUAAGACCUUCAUUCAUCCUCAGAACAGAAAUCAAGUUGGCCUGCGUCUCAAUGUUCAUACUAUCCAUCCUAAGUAGUAUGUGACAUUAGUAAUAUUCAAUACUAUUUAGGGCGGAUAGGGUGAAUAGUAUGCACAUUGGGAUGCAGGGUUGGUCUUUUUGAGUUUUCAGGGUGGAGUCAGGCGGCAGGUGUAACGGGUUGCCUAUGAUGAGUGGAUCCUGAUUAAAGGAUCUGUCUUUCCAGAGGGCUUUGGAUCAGUGUUUGGGUUCCUGUUUGACUUGAGCUUGACCUCUCUCCAGCACCAGUUUUUUUGUCGUCGUUAUUUUGUUUGUUAGUUUAUCAUGUAUUCUUUCUUUAAAUAAAAGUGUUUUUGAGUUGAGCAUAUUUUUUGUUACUCUGUCCUGAGCCAGGAAGUAUGUAACAGAUACUCUUGAUGAAAUCCGAUGGCUCAGUGGGGCCUCUGUUGCCAGCAAAAUAAUUUACACUUUCAGAUGCUCAGAAACAGGCAUGAAAACGGGUCAGGGGUGAAAAAGGUGAGAAGGAUAUUAUCCCUCUAGGGGGGUCGGGGGGCAUGGUCCCCUGGAAGAAAAAUGUAAAUAUUCCAUAUUUUAAAGCAUCAAUCUGAUGCAUUUU